AUGCCUGAGGCCAAAGGUGCUCCUCAGUCUGAACAUUUUUCCCUGCAGAUCACCCGCAUGAAUGGCGUUCCCCUUGCGAAGAUGAAAGUCCAUUCUUUGCAAACGGUGGGUGAACUCAUCACGGCCAUCAAGACGGCGGCGCGUGCGGAUGACCUGAACAUGAUGCUGGCCUUCAAUUCGGAGGUGUUGCAACCAGCGCUGACCCUGCAAGAUGCAAAGCUGUCUGAUGGGUGUAACGUGGUGGCGAUUCGUUAUCCCGAGUUGUUCCUGGCCGCUACCUAUGACGACGGCUUGACCAAGAUUUGGAGUGCAGAGACAGGCAACUGCGAAAGGACCAUUGAGGGCUGCAGUUCAGUGGUAACUGGAGUUGCCUUUGGAGCGUCUGGUCUUUCGCUGGUGUUGGGCAUGAUGGAUGGACAUGUGCAGCUGCGUAGCGUGACAUCUGGGGAAAUCAUCAGGGAGUACCGAGCGCAUCAAGCUCCGAUCGCCGGUGUCGCCUGUUCUGCCAAUGGCCAACUUUUGGCCACGGGAUCUUUGGACAGGACUGCAAUCGUUUGGAACUUUGAGACAGGGAGAGCGAUGAAGGUCUUCAGCGGGCAUUCUGGCUCCGUGACAAGCCUAGCCUUCUCAUCAGACUCGCUCACCCUUGGAACAGGAUCUGAGGAUUUCACAGUAAGGCUUUGGAAGGUGGUUGAGAAGAGACCGGAGACCAUCCUCAAGGGCCAUGCCGGCUGUAUCAAAGCGGUGAACUUUUCACAGCACGCGAAGGGCCUCGCCAGUGGUUCCACCGCUGGAGAGGUGAUGAUUUGGUCCAUGACGGGUAGGUUGGAACUAAACCUGAGCCCACUGGGCUUCGCGGUUUGUGCUGUCUCGUACUCGCCCGACGGAAUGAGUCUGGCUGUGGGAGGCACUGAAGGUCAGUGCAGGAUUUUCAGCAUCGGCACUGGCGUUUGCAUUCUGGCAAUCCAGUGCAACAGCGGGCCUGGCAGUGUCCGUUCCGUGUCCUUCUCUCCCGCGGGGACCUUGCUGGCCACUGGUGCAGAGGAUGGGAACAUGAGCGUCUUCGGUACUGCGGACGGCCAUUGCAAGCUUGCCAUGCCGGCACAUGUUCGGGAAGGGACAGACCAGUCCGUGGGUGUCUUUGCAGUUGCCUUCUCUCCAGGUCCCACGCCACCUCCACAUCGCGGGCGAGUGGCUAAGCCAUGA